CUGCUGCUGCUGCUGCUGCCAUUGCUGCUGCUUCUUCUUCUUCUGCUGCUACUGCUGUCAGGUCGUCGUCGGCUACUGUGAGCCAGCCAGCGACGGCAACAGCAGCUGCCCAGAACCGCGCAUCUCCGUUGUCCCUGGCAAAAUCGCUGGCGGCUGAUCCGCGCAAUGUAAUUUCGUCCUUUGAUCAGCGCAAACCCUUGUCCAGUCCAAUCAGCAUGGCGAUGCGGUCUCGGUCAGCUACUCUCCCCGACCUACACUCCGGGGAUUCCCGGCCCUGCACCACCUGUGGCUUACUUCUGCGUGCCGAAGAGCAGCGCCAAUUUGCGUCCAAGCAAGGGGUAGUUUAUUGCACAGACUGCUAUCACUCGAGUUAUAGCCGAGGCCACUGUACCGGAUGCAAUAAGAUAGUGCUGACCCAUGGAAGGCCUUGGGUACAGCACGGGGAGAAAGUUUGGCAUAAGCUUUGUAUUAAAUGCAGGACUUGUGCGAAGCUAUUGGUUGCGCCGUUGGUGGAUUUGGAGGGGAUGCCGACGUGUGAACCGUGCUUUAUGCGCUGUUACCCGAGGGAAUUGCUCAGGCCGAUGCCUAAGGAAUCAACCCCGGCUGCACCGGUGCCGCAACCGGUUGUGGCGGCGGCGGCGGCGGCAAAGGGAGUGACGUCGGCUGCGAAGGCGAUGACGUCGGCUGCGGUUUCUUCGCAGCGCACGAUGCUGCCAGUCGUGGCACCGUUGGUUUGGGGGGGAGGAGCCACUGCUGCCACUUCUGCUGCUGGUGUUCCUUCUUCUUUUCCUGCGCGACAGACAGUAGAUAUCAAGGAGCUGGAGCGUGGGUCGAAACGGGCCGUGGCGGCAGCAGCGGCAGCGACCGUGGCGGCGUCUAUCCCUACCCCGGUGAUUUCCGAGUACGACGGUGGAGCAACCAGCGCCUCUAAUUCGCCGGAGCUGCAGGAUACGCGACAGAGCAAGUUUGUUCGGGCAAUGGAUGCCAUGCGGAUUAUGUCGCCGGUGGAAGUGGCAGAAAAGGAAGGGUUGCCCCGCCCACGCGUAAUUGUGGAUCCCGAAUUUGGCUUGCUUGCACGUGUGGAGUCUCAGCCUGUGCCGGCGCAGGAUGUGCGCAGGCCCAGUGUUUCUGGCUCUGGACCUGGCUCGGGUAAUGUGCUUGGUCAUGUGCGGUCGUCGUCGGCGAAAGUCGAUGCGAUCAAGUCGAUGCUGAAUCAGUCGGUGUCUCCGAUAGAUACUUCGGUGGCGGCGCUUUAUCGUCCGCCGCUGUCGCCGUCGCUGAAGAACCCGAAUUCGCCGACGGCGCGGGCAGGAUCGUCUAGGUCAGUGAGCUUUAGGUUUGACCAGACAAUGGAGUCUGAUGCUAGCGAUGAGUACGAUGAGGAGCCGGUGGCUCCGCCGCGUCCUAAGGUGCACGAACCUGCCCAGCACCAGCAGCAGCAGUCUGAACAGGAUGAUGAGGAUGAGGAUGAGCCAAAAUCUCUAGCCGAUUAUGUGCUUAGCAAGGCGUCCAGUAACAAAUCCAAGGCGAGGCUUCCGUCGGUUGCCGAUGCGAUUAAAAAGUUCAGCUCGCCUGCAAUGACCCCUGCAUCGGCGCAGCGUGGGGACCCAUUGGAUCGGUCGCAGAUCCCGGAGCUCAAGGACCUUAUCCGUACACAUCAGCGGGAGCCGCCACAGGAGCCGACAAUUCCGGCGCUGGAUAAGCACAGUCGGAUUCUUAAGUCGCGGCCGCGCAACAACAAUCGCCGGCAACCGACGGGAUCGCCUCAACAACAACAGCAGCAGCUGGUGCCGCAGAUGGACACCCUGCCUUCCCCAACCUCCACUGUGGGACCUAAUCAGUGUGCCCGGUGUGCGCGCGCAAUCGAGGAUACGUGGUUUAGACUUUCGGAUGGCCGCCAGGUGCAUGUUGAGUGCUUUACGUGCCAGGGGUGCGAUAAGCUGAUUGAUGAUGGUGUGUAUGUGCUAGAGAAUAACGUUGAGUUCCACCCACCUUGUGUACCACCGACGCCGCCGGUCGUUUCUGUGUCGCCAAUACCAUCAUCGGUUCAUCAACAGCAGCAGCAGCAGCAGCAGCAGGGUUCGUCUUUGGGUCGUCCGAUGGGACCAAGAGAGCCGCGUCGCGAGGAAAUGUGCGAUAGGUGCCAUGAUCAUCUCGUGGGCCCGCGGUUCCAGUUAACUAAUGGCAAGCAGUAUCAUCCGGAGUGUUUCGCGUGUGCCGGAUGUGGGCAGAGAUUUGACGAAGGAUCCUAUGUCUGUUUCGAGGGUCAGGAGUAUCACCAUCAGUGUGUGGAGAAAUUCGCAAUGGCCCAAAAACAAGAGGAAGAUGCUGCAAACAGAGGGGCAGGAGCAGCAGCAGGAGCAGCAAACGGUCUUAAUGGUGGUGAUCAGGAUGCUGGAGGGUUUAUUUGUGCGCAAUGUGAUGGGAACAUUGAGGGUGUGUUUUUGAGGCAUAAUGAGGCUGUGUUCCAUCCUGAGUGUUUCUGUUGCUGUGAUUGUCAACAGGCUAUUACCCCCGGGAUGCCGUUUGGAGAAGUUGAAGGGUGUCCUUGUUGUGAGGGGUGUUUGGAGCAGAGAGCCGCUAGUGUUGCCCAGCAGCAGAUGCAGAGGCAAAGGCAGCAGCAGAUGCAGAUGCAGAAUAAUUGGGCGAAUAGCAGGCAACAGCAACAACCUACUAAAUCCGGAUACUAACUGAAAUGUGUCAUCUUUUUUUAAUUUUUCUUCCUAUCUAUAUUCAAAUAUAUGUAUCAUUUUUAUCAAA